GGCUGCUGCGGCGAACAUCUGAUUCUCUACUCCACAAGACCCUUCACGGACUCAGUGACCCCGCCCCUGUGGGGAAGUUCAAUUUCGGAAGUUCUUGUGCAUCGAUUUCGCUCGACUGAGUCCGUGACGGGGUCCUGUCUGAAGUGAAGACCAUACCAUUUCACUUUGGUGGAGGCUGAGACGCCGCUGGUUGACGAUGGAGAGCGAUUAUGUCAUCGUGGACUCGGGAGCGAAUCUCGCGAAUAAGAAGUUCCAGAGGGACCUCGACCAGGUUCUCGAUCGAGCUCAGAACUCAGGAGUGAAGAAACUGGUCGUCUUGAGCAGUUCCGAGAGAUCUGCGCGUGACGCGCUACGCUUGACCAGACUUUACCCUGGCUCGCUGUUCUGCGCAUCGGGGAUCCACCCUCUCGAAACGCAAUCAUGGAGGGACGAGACCAAGGCGACGUUCGAAGAGCUUCUCCCAAAGGCCGAAUGUGUUGCAAUUGGAGCAUGCGGGCUGGAUCUGACGAAGCUGGAAGUCUCAUCCCUGAAGCAACAAAUAUCUUGCUUGGAGGCUCAACUCGAACUGGCGAAGAAAUACGCCAAGCCUGUGGUUGUUUUCGAAAAAGCGGGGGCUUCUGAGCUCAUACCAAUACUGAAGGCCUACGCCGAGCUCCAGGUCAUAGUCCACGGAUUCGCGGGAUCCGCCGAUCAGGCCAAAGAGUACUUGGACAGAGGGUACUUCCUCUCGAUAACCGGCGCCCUAUGGAAGCAAAAAGAAGACUUCUACGAUCUGAUCCGAGAUCCGUCGGUUCAAGAUAAACUGCUGCUGGCUUCGGACGCUCCUUUCCUCUUUCCGAACGCCAAGAGUAAACUCAAGAAAAGCCAAGAGGACGACAAAACUGAAAUGUUCUCGGAGGCUUCUGAAUCCCUGGUUCGUCGCUACUGCAGUUUCCAGAGGAACGAACCGUGCAGUCUGGGCCUGACCUGCGAAUUGCUGGCCGGUAUCCUCGACCAGAGUCCACAUGACAUCGCAAUGAAGACUACCUACAAUGCGCUCAAAGCUUUCAAGCUUCAGUUCUGAUUGACUAACGGAUCGACUUUUCCGACUCGCUGAUCGAGUAUACGAAACUACGACCCGACUCAUCCACAAAGGAUCGAAGCGACGGUGACUGACUGGGCAGAAUCGCAGUCGCUCAAACGCUGGAUGAGUCGGAUGAAAUAACUCAGGGAACUUCUCGUGAGCAUGCUGUUUCUACCUCCCCCUCCCGUCUCACCAAAACUCAUAACUUUGCUCAGUACUUACAGCGAAACUGGCAGCGAAUUUUUGAGGCGUUUCCGACGGUUGUCAGAUAGGAUAUGAGAUAUGCGGGAGCGGAGUCAGUUGUUUCAAACUCCGGAUUGUUAUUCAUAUGCUCCAUGGAGAAACGAAGGCCAUUUUUGCUCGCGAAAGCACUUGGGGAGUCUCUAGCCGAAUGGCAGCUAUUGAUAUAUUUGGAACGACGUACCCUAUCAACGAAUAUGGGAACGAUUUCUGAUUCAAGUGAGCUUCUAAUGCACCCAUACCUUCGACUCGGACGUUUGGGCGAUCCGAAUCGACCCGAUGGCUUUAGUUUUAUUGAGGUUGUGUUCCUCAACGUUCAAUAGAAACGAAUCUGAGGUAUAGUUAGUAGUAUAUACCCCUUGGAUAUGCCACGAUGUCUACCGUAUUUUCUCUCGACCGCGUUCCCGUAGAGGAAAAGUGAAGCUACGGAUUACCUAAAUGAUUUUAAGGUUUCGGAUCAAUUUUAUGAAUGAUCCGAGUAUUCUCAAGCGAUAAUGUUUACAUGGAAUAACGGUGGAGUCCGAGGACUCGCCGGAUCAUCAGUUAUACCGUUGCCAAAUCAUCUCUGCGCAACAUUGCAGAGUUCGGGACGGAAAAGAGUUUGCAGAGAUAAAUGACCACUUCCUGUAAAAUCACAUUAUUGAAGCUGCAAUACACCGGUGAUGUCAUUCCGUCGGAAUGUAUUUGAUGCAAUAAAUGAAUGCACUUCGCA